CUUUGGCAGUGUUGUGAUGAAAGAAUUGUUUACAAACCGGUGUUAUGUAAUUGGUUAAAUGUUUGAACAUGCUGAAUAAAUGUGUUCGAAAAAUAAAACAUGGGAAGACAUAAGCUGUGGAGAGCACAAGCCAAAAAGAUGAGAAGAAAACGAAUACGGCAAAGAAUAGCAAGGGAGAGGGAUGCUUUGUUACAGAAAGAGCAAGAAGAAAGGGAGAAAUCCCCCAGGUAUCAGGCAUGGAAAGCGUCUCAGGAAGAACUAGAAAAAUUCCAGGAAGAGGAAGAAGCCCGUUUGCACCAAGAAAGGCACAAAAAGUGGGAAGAAGAUGAAGCAAUGGCACAAAAAUUGUGGCAGGAAAGACAGGAACACCUUGCAAGAGUUAAAAAAGAGAAAGAACAGCAAGAGCUCCUUAUUCGGCAGGAGUGGGAAGAGCAGCAAAGAAAAGAACAUGAAGCUGAAGAGGCUGAAAGAAAACUUAAGGAAGAAAAACAGCGUAAACAGGAUGAAUUGCUAAAGCAGAUUGAUGACUUCAUAAAUAAGGGAGGAGAAAUGCCACAAGCUAUAAAUGUGUCUACGGAAACCAAUCCAGACAAACCUCUAUGUCCAUUCUUUUCUAAAACUGGUGCCUGCAGAUUUGGUGACAGAUGUUCCCGAAAUCAUCCAAGGCCAGGAAUAAGCAAAGUUCUGUUGAUUCCAAACUUUUACUCACAUUUUGGAAUGGAUCAGUCAAUGGCAGAUGAAUAUGAUACAGAUGUUCUUUUGGAAUAUGAGGACAGUGAAACUUACCAGCACUUCAAAGAUUUUUACGAAGAUGUUCUGCCUGAAUUUGAAAUUUUUGGUCCAGUGGUGCAAUUUAAAGUAUGUUGCAACUUUGAGUCACACCUCAGAGGAAAUGUUUACAUAGAAUAUGCAAAUAUCAGACAUGCCGUUGCAGCAUUUCAGAAAUUUCAUGGUCGAUGGUAUGGUGGAAGACAGCUUAAUGUGGAAUUUACUUGUGUAUCCUCUUGGAAAUCAGCUCUUUGUGGUUUAUUCUUCAAAGGAAAGUGCCCAAAGGGUAGAAGUUGCAACUUCCUUCAUGUAUUUCGUAAUCCUUCAAAUCAGUUUGCAUGGGCUGAUAGAGACUUCCAACAUUAUAGGCAGAGGAAAAGGCAUCGCUCCAGAUCAAGAUCUCCAUCAAGCUCUUUCAGUCCAAAGCACAAUGGUCAAAGAAACCGAGAAGAAAGGAAUAACUGGCGUUGGUCUGAAUCCCCAGAGCCCAUUGACAGAUCAGAAAAGAGAAAUCCUACCAAAGAGAAACAAGAUAAAGCAUCAUCACACCAUAAUAGUAAAAAGAAGAGGAGCAAAGCAUCUCAUAGACACAGCAGCUCAGCCAGCAGCAGCAGCAGCAGCAGAAAUGAUCACAGGAGCAGAGACCACAAACGAAAGAGACACAAACGUACAAGAUCUCGAUCUAGAUCACGAUCGAGGUCAUAAUGUGAGAGAUGUCUGACCUUGUGAAUUUGCUCAUGCUCUCAUUCAUAUUAAUGCUAACAAACUGUAUUUUCUAGUCCACCGCAGCCAUCACGUCAGUUGUGGAUGUCUUCUUUGCCCACUAGGAUACCACUUUCUGGAAACUAUAUUGAGUGUAAUACUAGUUAUAAAGAACAAGGUUCUGUCUUUUUCUUACUGUGAUAAAAUGUUCCUGUUGUGUAAUAAAAGUUAUUUCUACUGAA